AUGGAGGGUGGCAGCUCAGAAGCUAAGUGUCUCACAGGUGUCUCACCAGGCCUGCCAACCCUUGGAGCCGAAGCAGUUGGCCUCGACCCCACUUCUAGUCCAACCACGCCUUGUCUUGCGCCUUCUUCCACCACUAAUUCCAGAGCUACUCUGGUCUGUCCCGAGCCAUCCGUUUCCACUUGCCGGUCAUUCGCUUCUGCUGAUCGUCUUCAUGGAGGUGAAGGGACUUCUGAUUACAAGCCUCUUUUCACCCGACGGUCGGAAGGCAGCGGUCUUGGGCAAAGGCGACAUGACAUUCAUUGUUUUUCGGUCCCAGAAUUCGGCAAUGACAUGCCUCGUCCUCAAGACUAUAAUUUAGCUACUCCAGAUGGUGCUGAUCGUAAGCAAUGCAUAUGGUUCAAUUAA